CCGUCGACAAGGUAUACACAGCUGCAGGUUUUCUCUUAUCUUUCUAACGAACCUUUGUUUCAACAUGGCGAAGGUAACUGUUAUACUGCUUGCCGUAUGCAUCGGCUCAACAACUCAAGAGACGACGAUGAAGUGCCAGAGCUCUGGGCACACCUACAACGUUGGUCAAAUGUACACUCAGCGCAACUGUGAACACUGCUCCUGUGAAGUGAAAGGACCCGUAUGUCGCAUAGGCGUCUUGUGUAUCCUGGGGAAACGCGAGGAGAGGGCUGUUGAGGCAUCGACGUGUGUACAAAACGGCGUCACCUAUCACGUGGGCGACACCUUCAGUGACGGGUGCAACACCUGCAUGUGUGACAAGUGGGGACCCCUCUGUACUGCUAUGUUCUGUGGUCAACAACUCGGCAAGAGAGGCAGCACGUGUGAGUAUGCUGGAGUGAGCCACGCCCUUGGGGACACAUUCUCUACCGGGUGCCACUAUUGUGUUUGUGAGGACACCGGGCCCAGAUGUCUUUCUCUGCCCUGCGGAAAACGCCAAACAUCCAAACAAACUUGUAAACACGACGGGAAGGUGUACAGCGACGGCGAGCAUUACGUUGAAUCCUGCAAGGAGUGCACGUGUACCGGGGAUGGUUGGAAAUGCGGUUCUUACUGGAUGUGUGAGCUAGGUCGAUAAAAGACAAGAGACCGGGUGAAGACAAUGUUUUAACAAAAUUAAACACUUCAUUUGAUGACAAUAAAACUGAUUUAAAACAUUA